CGUUACGACAUGAACGAGGUACAGCAAACAGGGCGUGAGAUGUACGAAGGGCACGAACGAUAUGAUCGGCCUGAACGACAUAGCGAGCGCCGCGAAAGAGGUGAACACCGUGACCGUCGUGAACGCUCGGAUCGCCGUGAACUUUCAGCUCGCCAUGAACGUGCUGAGCGCCCAGAGCGUAUGGAGCGUCCAGAACGUGUCGAGCGUUUGGAACAUGCUGAACGGCCAGAGCGUGCUGAACGCCAAGAACGUGCCGAACAACCAGAACGCGCUGAACGCCAAGAGCGUGUCGAAUAUCAAGAUCGAGUUGAACGACAAGAACGUGCCGAGCGACUAGAACGCGCUGAUCGGCAAGAGCGUGUUGAACGACAAGAACGCGCUGAGCGCUCAGAUCAUGCUGAACGCUCAGAUCGUGCUGAACGCUCAGAUCGCCCGGAACGCACUCGGCGCUCGGAGCGCAUUGAACGUUCUGAGCAGCUUGAGGGACCCGAACCACCUCAGCUGCUCGAUGAUCGUGACUUACAAGACGACGGCUAUGACCGCUCUGAGAAAUACGAACGACGUGAGCGACAGCGCCAUGAGCGUCGAGAACGCCGCGAACGCGAACGCCGAGAUCGUGAACUCUACGAAAAGCCUGUUGAGCCUCAGACUGAGAAAUUCCCAGCUACCGACGAUAGCCAAGAAAUGCCAUCAGAGCCUACCUUUGCAGCUACACUUGCAUCUGCACCUACAGAGCGCAAGGGCAAAGAGGUGGGAUUCGACCUGCCACCAGAAGAGAUCAAGCGCCAUCGUAGCCGCUCCUUUCGCCAGCGUGCCAAUAACUCUCAUUACUCCCGAGAUGACUUCUUGCGGCGGUCGCAAUCUCCUGAGAAAGACUCUGGAGUCCCCGCUCCUGAAAAGAGAUUUUUCGAAAUGAAGAAUGCCCAGGGGGUUGUUCGCAGAUCAUCGUCGCCACCGCUUCCAGACAAGUCUAUCUACGUACCAAUACGGGAGUCUUCACUUCCAGAAGGAGCGAGGCCCAGAACACGAGACCGGGAUGUUCACCGACCUCGUGAGCGUCGGUUAUCCGAGGCCACCUACGAUAGACCUCGCGCAAGUCGGACCGAACACCUUCCUAGGCAAUCAGCGCCACUGGACGAAGGUGACGAUUCUGCUCGACGAGCCCGCAAUGAACGCAGGCGUCAGAGAGAUGCCAGAGAGGCUAGAGAGCAAGAGAAGAAGUCUGGAGGAUUCAGGGGCGUCUUUAAGAGACUGUUUAAUUGAUGGGUAGAGAAAUGGGGCAUAUGACAGAAGCAGCAGCGAUGGAUUAAAGGGGAUGAUUUGUUGAAAUGAUCUAAUGAAUUAUGUGUGAAUGGCCUGUUUAUUCUUCUUCAUGACUACCACCUGGCCAUUAGGCUGGUUU